AUGGCAACAUUGGAAGAAAAAUUAUUGCACGGUAAAGCGGCCGGGUAUUGCAGUAGCAGUGAUGAGGAGCAAGAUGACUGCUGCGUUGGGACCAGCAGUGAUGCACCGCCGCCGAUGUCUAGUGGUUUGCGAAACACGGGUCCAAAGGGGGUCCUGGACGAUUACAGGACAUUCCAGGAGUGUCAAAGGCGAGAAUUAGCGGAAACAAACGAAAAGAUUCUUAAUGCGGCAAAAUACUGCACUUUAUCGGGGCGCGACGACAACUCGGAUUUAGAAAUGCUUCGAAGCAAAAGAAUUCAAGAAUUAGCAGAUUUCACAUUGGCCAGAGGAAAAAUCGUCGAAAUAACAAAAAAAGAGGAAUUUUUGGAUUUUAUUGAAACCAAUCGUGAUUGCUGGAUUCUGAUACACAUCUACGAUGAUGAUAACGAAGGUUGCGUAACACUGAACAAAAUUUUCAAUCAGCUUGCCUUGAAAUAUCCAUACGUGAAAUUGGCGAAAGUGUUACCAUCAGUGGUUGGAAUGUCAUCUCAGUUCCGAGAAAUUGGUCUUCCAUCAUUGCAAAUAUAUUGUAACGAGACGCUUCGCGGUAAUUUUGUACGCUUAACGGAUCAGCUUGGCGAACAAUUCACAGCGCAGCAAUUAGUAGAAUUCUUGAGCGAGUGA